UCCCCACCAAACAAACAACGCACAACAAAAACCAAAGCGACAUGAGAACUCCCCAACACACCAAGCCAAAACAAAGGCAACCUUAGAAACUGUCUGUCUUUUGCACAGAGAAAGGGAACGGGGAAGAGAAGAGGGGAUCCGAACGUGGCUUUGGAUGGCGAGCGGGUGGGUCAAGUCGUUGCACUGCAAAUCGAGAGCGUUCGAGGACGUGUACCACCCCAACCCGAAGCGCCUCAUACCCAGUGCCAGUUGCAGAAAGAGCGUGCAGAGCAUUAGGGACGUCAUCGACACCACCAAGCACAAGCCCAGAAACCCCAAGUCCACGUCGCCCAACAGACAACCCGCUGCAAAGCAUCCGCGACCCACCAAAUCCGAACCCGUUUCCGCCCCGGAAAGCCGGCCCCCCCGUGCUCCGGACCCCUACCUCCCGGCCCUGACCGAGCUGCAUGAGGGCCACCCUUCUCGUAACGUCGUAGAGAUUAUCUUCCACACGAGCUGGAGCCCCAAAGCCUUUACCGGUCGGGUCGAGAUGAUUUUCAAGGUCCAGAACGGGUCCAGGACUGUGGCCCGCUUCGAGGAGUAUCGCGAGGCCGUCAAGUCUCAGUCCGGUUCGGGCGGGCCGACCGGUGGUGGCACGUGGGAGGAGAAUGCACGGUGCGUGGCGGACGGAAACGAGGUGAUGCAGUUUCACUGCCUGGGGCCAACGUCUGGCGGCGGGGUGUACGACGGGCGGGGCGGCGCGUGGGCAUUUCCGGGGUCGAAGGGAUCGGCGUUUUGUACGUUCUCCGGGAGUGGUGGGGCACACGAGAGCGCCGGCGGUGGAAGGGGCAGGAGGGCCAUGCUAGUUUGCCGGGUCAUAGCGGGUAGGGUGUCGAAGCGGCUCCGGAUCGACUCGUUGUUGGAUGGGCGAGUGGGAUUAGACUCGGUGAGUGGGGACAACGGCGAGUUGCUAGUGUUUGAUUCGCGUGCGGUGUUGCCUUGCUUUCUUAUCAUCUAUAAAUUGUAAAAAUACUAGGAAAAUUUUCAUUUAAAUUUUUUUUUUUAUUGAAUGGGGAUUUGAUGAAGGUUGUUCUUUGCAUUUAUCAACACAAAUUUUCGUUUUUCUUUGUUUGGGUGGUGGAUGGUUGAGUGUAAUUAUGAAAAGUUGUGUUGAUGAAUGCUAAAUUGCUAAUUAACCAAUUUACCGCUUAAUUUGCUUUUGUAGAUUUUGGUGGCCACCAAUACCAUAGUUAGUGAUGGUAUAGGUACGGUGGUGCCAAUUAAUUAAUGGAUGUACCGUUUCAUUUCA